AUGUUAGAUGAACUAUAUAAAGCAGAACGUGAAGAGAUGGAAAAGAAACUUCAAGCAAAAGACAAAAACAUACAGAAAAGAAUACCACGUUCGGUACCAAAAGGAAAGGAAAAGAACUAUAAGUAUAUGAUUUAUACUGAAGAGAUGGAAAAUGAAGAAGACAGAGAUAUGGUUAUGUUGCAUUUAGUCAGAAGAAACAACAAAAGCUUUUACGACUUAGCUAAGAUUUACAAAUCUGACAGAAAUUGGUUCUAUCGCGAAAACUUACCGAUUUCAAUGACACCAAAUGAAGAUGUGAAACAAAUAGUUCAAGAUACGUUACCUCAAACACACUAUGAUAUGAAAGGUUGUACAAUACUUACAUUCAAAGAAGAUUUGCCGCUACUGAAAGAAAAAAUAACAGAGUAUUUUGACAACUUCAAACAAGCAGAGUAG